UUCUAAAAUGAGUAACAGCAUGUGGAAAUCAUUCAGUAGUAGGUACGGUUGACUAUUGUUAGUGACAUUUAACUGUAGUAUAAAAUAAAACGUUGGAUAGAUUCUUACGUUCGUCGCACACUUGUUAUUCCCUUAAACGAUAGAAGAAAUGGCAACUCACGAAGAUGUUGGCAUCAGAGAUUUUGUCCUGCUGGACGAGAUCAACAUUGAGAAGGUCGUGGAAAACUUGAAAGUUAGAUUCAAAGGUGGAAAAAUAUAUACAUAUAUUGGAGAAGUGUGUGUAAGUGUUAAUCCUUAUAAAAAUACAAAUAUCUAUGAUGCAAACCAUAUUAAUAAAUAUAAAGGGAGAGAAUUAUUUGAAAAUCCACCACACAUAUUUGCAAUUGCGGAUUCAGCACAUCGUGAGAUGAAGCAACAAGGUCGGGACACUUGCAUAGUAAUCAGUGGUGAAUCUGGAUCAGGGAAGACAGAAGCUAGUAAAAUUAUUAUGAAGUAUAUUGCUGCUGUUACUAAUCUAAGUGGUCAACAGGAAAUUGAAAGAGUAAAGAAUGUACUUAUUCAAUCAAAUUCUAUAUUAGAAGCAUUUGGAAAUGCAAAAACAAAUAGAAAUGACAAUUCCUCUCGUUUUGGAAAAUAUAUGGACAUUAAUUUUGAUUUUAAAGGAGACCCAUUAGGUGGACAUAUAACUAAUUAUUUACUUGAAAAAUCACGAGUAGUCUAUCAACAAAAAGGAGAACGUAAUUUUCAUUGUUUUUAUCAGCUGAUUAAUGGUUGUAGUGAAGCUGAAUUACAUCAAAUGAAAUUAGUACGUGAUGCUACUGCAUAUUAUUAUAUCAAUAAAGAUGAUAAUAAAUCAAAUAUAAAUGAUAAAGGUGACUAUAAAACUGUGAAUGGAGCUAUGUCCACUUUAGGAUUUUCACAAAAUGAGAUACAAACAAUCUGGAACAUUAUUUCUGGCAUUCUGCAUCUGGGUAAUAUUAUGUAUAAAAUCAAUGAAGAUAAACUUAUUGUUGAAAAAAAUAAUGCUCUGGCUAAUACUGCAGCUUUAUUUUCUAUUGGUUCAAAUGAACUUAGAACUGCUUUAUCCCAAAGAGUGAUAGCAGCUGGUGGAGAAAUUAUGCAAAAGACACAUACUUUGGUGGAAGCUGAAUAUGGUAGGGAUGCUUUGGCAAAGGCAAUUUAUGAAAGAUUGUUUUCAUGGAUUGUGUCACGUGUUAAUGAUUCAAUCAAUGUAAAUGAUACUGAUUCAUCUAAUAAAUACAAAACUUUAAUUGGUGUAUUAGACAUUUAUGGAUUUGAAAUUUUUGAUAUAAACAGCUUUGAACAGUUUUGUAUCAAUUACUGCAAUGAAAAAUUACAACAGCUUUUUAUUGAACUGGUUUUAAAACAAGAACAGGAAGAGUAUAAGAGAGAAGGAAUUGCAUGGCAAAAUAUUGAGUAUUUUAAUAAUCAAAUAAUUUGUGACUUAGUGGAAUUAUCUCAUAAGGGAAUAUUAGCUAUCAUGGAUGAAGCAUGUCUCAAUGUAGGCAAAGUAACAGACGAGAUGCUUCUUGAAGCAAUGGACACAAAAUUAGCAGAUCAUCAACAUUACACUUCUCGUCAAUUGAAACCAACAGAUAAAGAAUUACAACACAAGAUUCAUUUUAAAAUCAAACAUUAUGCUGGUGAUGUUGUAUACAACGUUCGCGGUUUUCUAGAUAAAAAUAAGGAUACUCUUUUCCAAGAUUUUAAACGUUUGCUUUAUAAAAGUAAUGAUUCUAUAAUCAGUAAGAUGUGGCCAGAAGGUGCUCAAGAUAUUACAAAAACUACAAAAAGACCAUUGACUGCUGGUACAUUAUUCCGUAACUCUAUGAUUGCACUUGUUAAAAAUUUGACUAGUAAAGAACCAUUUUAUAUUCGGUGCAUAAAACCUAAUGAAAUUAAGUCAGCUAUUGUUUUUGAUGAUGAAAGAGUAAAUCACCAAGUGAGAUACUUGGGACUUGUAGAAAAUAUAUUAGUUAGAAGAGCAGGAUUUGCUCAUAGACAGAAAUAUGAUAGAUUUUUGAAAAGAUAUAAGAUGAUAUCACAAUAUACUUGGCCUAACUUUAGAGGUGGCACUGAUAAAGAUGGAGUUCGUACAUUAAUGGAAGAAAAAGGUUUUUCAGGUGAUGUUAAGUAUGGUCAUACUAAAAUAUUUAUACGUUCUCCUCAAACAUUAUUUGCAUUAGAAAAGGCACGUGAGGAUUUAAUACCAGGGAUUGUAAUAUUACUUCAAAAACAAUGGCGCGGUUAUUUGUGUCGACAAAAAUACAAAAAAAUGAAAGCUGCAUUAUUUAUUAUAAGAUACUAUCGUCAAUAUAAGAAAUAUUUUUAUAUUAAAGCAUUAUUGAAGACUUUUAGUAACGUUAGAUCUAUGCGUGACCAUGGUAAACAUUUAACAUGGCCAAAAGAGAACUUUGCUGUUCGUGAUGUGGUACCUUCAUUAAAAAUGAUUUAUACAAGAUGGCGUGCUUGGAUGGUACUUAAAGUUGUUCCAAGAGAAGAUUGGCCACAGCUACGAUUAAAAAUGGCAGCAGGAGCUGUAUUACAUUCUAAAAGACCUCAUUGGGGUCAGGAUAGACGUUGGGAAGGAAACUAUUUAUCUAAGCCAGAUGAGAAUCCUCAAAAUGAUGUUUUCAUUUCUUCAAUAAAUAAUCUUCGAAAUACGGAUCAUUUUAAAACUGUUCUAUUCAGUACAUUUGUUAGAAAAACUAAUAGAUUUAAUAAACAAGCUGAUCGUGUUUUGGUUGUAACAGAACAUGCCUUAUACAAAUUAGAAAGUGUAAAAUUUAAGACUAUGAAAAAAGGUAUACCUAUUGCUGAAAUUACUGGUUUAAGUGUAUCACCCGGAGAAGAUCAACUUAUAAUAAUUCAUUCUAAUCGAGGAAAUGAUUUUAUUAUUUCAAUUACUGCCAAGGAAGACAGAGUUGGAGAACUUGUUGGUAUAUUAAGUACUAGAUACAAUCAAUUACGUGGUGCUGAGCUUCAAGUUACAGUAGAUGUAAAGUUUAAGUGUAUGUUGGGUAACAAGAGUAAAGUAUUGCGAAUAGAAGUAAUGCCUGAUAUGGUUGAACCAAUAUUCAAAAGAGAUGGUGAUCAAAUUAUAUAUGCCAUUCCACCAUCCAUUGGUAUAAUUGAGCCUAAUUCCAGACAAGAAAUCAGAACAGCUAGUUAAGUAUAAUUUUUAAUAAAAUAUAUUUAGAUAUUAGAUUAGUUUUAAAAAUAAAAUUUAUAUAUACAUGUGCUAUUAUAUUAUAAUUAAUAACAACACUUCUUUUCUAAAAUAUAAGCAUUGCUGAUUAUAUAUAUAUAUAUAUAUUUUAAUAUUAAAAUUUUAAUUAAUGUGGUAAUGAAAUUUUAAUGAAGUAUUGUUAUAACAUAUGUGAAAAAUAGCUAUAUAACAUGAGUUACAAGAUUAAUAUCUAUUAGAAUUUUAUGUGACAAAAUAUAUAAAAGUUUUUUAUACUAAAAUUUUAUAUAAAAAACUUUUGAAACAGAUAUAUAUAUAUAUAUAUAUAUAUAUAUAUAUAUAUAUAUAUAUGUAUAUAUAGCUAUUUAUAUAUCUAUGAACUAUUUUAACCAAUGGCUAUUAUUAUUUUAUAUCUGAUAUCACUUAUUUAAUAUCUAAUUGCUUGGUUAUACAAAAGAAUAUCAAUCUAUAAACUUCAAUUCAUUAAAUCAUUAUAGAAAUUAUUUUAUAGAUGCAAAAAAAUGAAAAGUAAAAUUCUUUUUUGUAAAUAUUAUACGUUCUUAAUUAAUUCAUAGUAAAUUCUAUUGAAUAAACAAUAUUAAUUUUAAAUCUUAAGUACAUCUAUUGAUAGAUGUCGUAUAACCACAUUUCUUGUGAUAAAUUGUGCCUAACUGCCUAAUAAGAAUGAAUUAAUGCGAUCUGUAAAGAUAAAUAUACCAUAACAUUUCUUAUAAUCAAUGAAAAAAGCAAAUUAUUUCUUUACAUUGAUCGCUUUAAUUUAUCGUAAUCAAAAAUCUAAAGAUAUAUUUGAAAUAUAUAAAAUAUAUUUUAUUUGUUUGCAACUCACAAUAGUAUAAUAUAAAAUAUAUAUACGAAUAAGAGCAUUUAUAUAAAAUCAAUUUUGUAAGAUCGUUAAAUUUGUAAACUAAAGGAAAUCUUCUGAUUAUCCCUGUUAAAAUGUUAGCCAUAAAUUCUAAUAAGCUUCUAUACAUUUAUUUUGUAAAAUUGUGGCCUUCUACUUAUAACAAAAAUAUAUUUUUGUAAUAUUUUAUUCUAUUUUAUUUUAUUUUAUUCGUUUUUCUUUUUCUAACUAUGUAAUAUACAAAUGCAAAGCAAUUUAUUAUGCAUGCAAUAUUGUAAUUAUUAACAUUGUUAAUAAAAAUAAAAUUUAUUAUAUGAAUGAAAUAAAAAACUAAAUUGA